CCAAAUUACGUGGUUUCAACGUGACCCUCAAAAUCUAUUGUUAGGUUAGAUGGAUUUACUAGCAAAAUUGUGUCUAUUAUUAAUUUGGUUUACAAAUGCUAACUCUAAAUCGACCUUAAUACCCAGUGUCAACCAAUCGUACAAGUUUAGCCAAAAGGCUCGUGAAGACGCGCUUAUAGUUACAACACCCCGAGACAAUCCGUACGCUGUGAUGGUUGUGAAGACGAAUACUUACGGUGGGAUCAUGAUACAGGAAGGAUUGUGCUCAGGCUCUCUGCUGACCCCUGACUGGGUUCUGACUGCCGCGCAUUGCCUCUACAAGAAUGACUUGAGUUGCGAGAGACAUCACGCGUUCCUAAUCUACGCUGGAGGUAAUUCACUGGGGGAACUUACAGGAAUGGCCUCGAUGCCUGAAGGAGCCCAAACGUCUAAUAGUUUCUCGGCUUUAACUCACCCAAAAUACAAGAACCUUGAGACCUACUACGAUAUCGCUCUAAUAAAGGUAAAGUUUCGUUUUAAAUUAUCAAGCGUCAUUGGGACCAUACCUAUAGCGACUCAACCGUGGGUGGAAAAGGAUUAUGUUUCUUGCAAAACGACGGCGUUUGGGUUGGCUUACUCGGAAAAACUUACUCCAAAUUUAGAUUUUACGAGGAAAACUCAAAGGUCCCUGGUUUCAAUGUGCAAGUGUCGCAGAACAUUAAAAAAGUUAACCGGUACUUCUGACUGGUUAUGCUCCAUGCCCGAAGAAGACUAUGGCAUAUGUUGGGGGGAUUCUGGUGGGGGGUUGGUCUGUGACGGGAAAAUAGUGGGGGUCAACACUCUUAUAAUGCAUGUGAAAAAUAUUGACAAGUGCAAAUUUGGAGCAGAGAAGCCUAAGUGUGGCUCCAAGAACACGAUGAGCAUGUUCACAGAAGUCUGCAACCAUGCACGAUGGAUAUAUUCGCACGUCAGGACACUCAAUAGAACCCACUUUUCUAAAGAGUGUUGGGAGUGGAGAAGCCAUGCUAGUAUGUCAGCACCACAAAUGAUUUUCAUAAUAUAUGUUGUCUCAAUUCAGUGGAUUUUAUGAAAUGCUAUAUUAUUU